AUGAUUCAUGUCUGGGCAAUCAAAAGGGCGCUGUGCAUUUUUAUCCUCAUCACUUGUGUGCUAAAAGUAGUGCGUUCGCAUAGAAUUACGUGGAAAUCGACAAAAGGAGUUUACACCCGACCUGACGGCACAAAUGACUUCGAACGGGAGUGGAAAGGGAAAGGGGUGUUCUUUAAUAUUCAGAGGGGUAACAACGGGAAAGACACGAAGAGAAGGAAGGGUAGGAGGGGAUGGGCCACUGGUGCAAGACCAUUCUUUCGCUUCCAUAAAUCUAUUCCACUGUUCCUGUUGCAGGAGUGCCAACGGAAAAGCUUAAGCACAAAACAAUAUAACUCAACAGUCAUACCGUGUAGCAGCAAUUUGGAAGUUAUUGCCCGGAGAAGGAAUGGCUUACCGCUCGAUCGGCGACAUGGUAAGGUGAUCGGUGCAACAGGGCAGUUGGGGGAUGACGGCCUUGGUGGAGGACCCUCACCUGGGAUGGAAGCACAUAAGAGUAAGACACGCAGCAGCAGUAGCAAUCGAAGCAGCUGCGGCGAUGUUGGAGGAGCCCCAGAAUGCCCCCAACAAAACGUCCGCAAUUUUUGCAUACUGGCUCACAUCGACAGCGGGAAGUCAACCCUAGCUGAUCGGUUCCUAGAAUUAACAAAAACAAUAAAAAAGAAAAAAAUGCAAGACCAGUUUCUCGAUAUGAUGUCUUUGGAGAGGGAGAAAGGAAUCACCAUUAAGUUGAAGGCAGUACGAAUGAAUUACCAAAAUUAUAUUUUCAAUUUAAUUGACACACCAGGACACUUUGACUUUUAUCAUGAAGUAAAAAGAUCCCUUAGUGUGUGUGAAGGAGCCAUACUACUCAUUGAUGGGACAAAAGGGAUUCAAUCGCAGACCCUGAACAUAUUUCUGGAGUUGCAAAAACAUAAUUUAAAAAUAAUUCCUGUGAUCAAUAAAAUUGACCUGAACAUGUGCAGGUUGGACAAAAUAGAAAGUGAUUUGUUAAACAAAUUUCAUUCUAUGAAGAAAGACAUUUUACACAUCUCUGCGAAAUAUGCACAUGGAGUUGAAACUUUGUUUCAGAGAAUUGUCUCCGACAUCCCUUGUCCUGCGAUCAAAUCCAAUUCCUUCUUUAGGGCCAUCAUUUUUGACUCCUUCUAUGACCAGUACAAGGGGGUCAUAUUAAUUAUUAAAGUGUUAAAUGGGGUGUUGACAAAAAAAAUGGAAGUUUUUUUUAUUCAGAGCGAAAAGACGUACACCAUUCAAGAGGUUGGGUACCUCACCCCGGAUAUGAAACCCGUGGAGUGUAUACGGCAGGGGGACAUUGCGUACGUGUCAUCCAACAUAAGAAAAUGUGAUGAGGUGCAGAUCAGCGAGACGAUAGUUAGCAGAGAUAUCGUGCACAUGAAUGCUCAGCGUCGGUUCGUGGUCGAUUUGGAUCGGCUCGGCGGGGAGUGCAGCGGUGAAGAGAAUAGUAGUGUAAAGCAAGGCGGCAUGGAUACCUGCCAGGGUGCUGCCUCCCCACAAAGGGAGAAGCGCACCGAGCGAGAAAUCAACCUGGAGCAGAUCGCUGCUUCCAAGGUGGACGUCUCGUACCCAGUUGUGUUUUGUAACAUAUACAGCGUCAACGACAAGCAGGCCAAUGAACUGGAGGCGGCACUAAACAAGUUGAAGCUGAAUGAUACGUCCUUUUCCUUCAAGCCUGAUGUUUGUGAAACGUUGGGCAAGGGGUUCAAGUGCGGGUUUAACGGAUUGUUACACCUUAACAUAAUCCAGGAGAGAAUCAAACGGGAGUAUGGCGUCGAGACCAUUGUGACGGCCCCGUCUGUGAAUUACCUGGUGAGGGUCAAGGAGAAGUGCAUUGACAAGCAGCUCAAGGAGAGGCUGAUGGACGUGAGGUUCGACAUAUCCAACGUUAACCUGGACUCACGCGGUGACAACAGCGGUGGCGAUGUGCAUGGCGAUGACAAUCGCGUUUGUAAUCGCGAUGGUGAUGGGGGCGGCAAAAAAGAACACGAAGGACUGUACUACAUGACGAGCAACGUCAACGACAUCCCCCAAAAAAACUACAUCCACGGAAUUUACGAGCCGUACGUGCGAACGAGCAUAAUGACGCCGGAGGAGUACCAAAAAUAUAUCAUGGCGGAGUGUUUCCAAAGGAGAGGAAUUUUUAUUAAAAAGGAAAACAUGGACAGCCAUGUCAUCUUCUAUUUCGACAUGCCGUUGUCAGAAAUUUUGAUUAACUUUUUGGACCAAAUAAAAUCCUGCACAAAGGGCUAUGGGUCCAUGAGCUACCAAAAUUACGUCACAUAUAGGGAAAGCGAUUUGCACAAAAUUAACAUAUACGUUAAUAAUAGGAGUAUCGACUCCUUGUCCUUCCUGGCACACAAAUUAAAUUAUCAUGAGAAGGGGAAACGCAUUGUUUUAAAAUUGAAAGAACUGAUAAAGCCUCAUCAGUUCCUUGUUGUUAUUCAGGCAGGUGUGGGGACCCGGAUCUUCGCCUCGGAGCGGAUCAACCCGCUGAGGAAAAAUGUCACCGCUAAAUGCUACGGGGGGGAUAUCACACGGCGCAGGAAGUUGCUCGAGAAGCAGAGCGCAGGGAAGAAAAAGAUGUUCAGCAUCGGCAAGGUCAAGCUGCCGCCAAAUAUGUUCACCAAGCUCUUCGACUUGAAGGGGCAAUAA